AUGGAGACACAUGUCAUACCUCUUACAGAACUUCUUUUUGAGAUCACCUUGAGCCAGGUAGCACUCAGCAGACGACACAAAGAAACCCCCACUGCCGCUCAUGCUUUCAAGGCCCGAUUUGGAGAGCUCGUUGCAUCACUGCGAGGAAGGUCAGUACACCAUCACGUUGGUUGCCUUGAUUUUGCUCACAGUCAUUCAUAG